CGAACCUUGGUCUCCGCCUCCGGCCAGUCCUUGCCGUUGCUUGACUGUUGACAUCUCGCCGCCGUUCUCACGUUGCUUGCAGGGCGCCGCAUCAGGCUCCUUCCAAGUAGGCGGUGAGAUCAGCGGGCUGCCGUCCCGCGGCGGUUGAAUGGAGCAGGGAGCGAGCGAGUACGGGUCCGGUACUCCGGUAUCGCAGCAGUCGGCAGUCGCAGUGGACCUCUGUGGUGCGGCUGCAGCGGCUGGGCCCAAUGGCUGGCUUCCACGGCGGGCGUGGAUCUGAGCAUUUGGGUACGGCGGGUGAGGAGACGGCCCGCUGCAGCUGCAGGGGAUCCUCCAUGGCUGCCAGGUCAGGUCUUUCGAUGAGAGCUGAGCGUCUGCUCCUUCUCCCAGAUCCACUCCAUGGCGAUGUGUGCUACAAAAUAUGAGGAGGAUGCUUCAUCAUAAAUUGUAUUGCCACAUCAGUUCCUAAAGAGGUCAAGUCGAUGUAUCCAGCAUACUAGUCGAAGCUAACUGAUAUAAUCAGUCUUUUCUACUUUCCUUUCAUAAGAUGGACCUUCGAGAAAGUACGGUGACAGAAAUGAUCCAAGGUGAUGAUAGAUCAAAGUGGUUAUCGUAUAGCAAUCAUAACAUAAAAUGCUUCGCCGAGGGAGAGAUAAGAGGAAUUACCAGUAACUACGAAACUAUCAUUGGAAAAGGCGGUUUUGGAGAAGUUUACAAAGGUGUUCUCCAAGAUGGAAGAAUAGUUGCAAUCAAGAAAUUUAUGUGUAAUGUAGAAGAAAAUUUUGCCAAAGAGCUGAAAGUUCACUGUGAAAUCAACCACAAGAAUGUAGUUAGGCUCAUAGGCUACUGUGCUGAGGAAAAUGCCCUUAUGAUAGUCAGUGAGUAUAUAUCUCAAGGGAACCUUUGCGAUGUUCUUCACCAUAAAUGCAUUCCCAUCACGUUGGACACACGACUGCGGAUCGCGGUGGAGUGUUCAGAGGCACUGUGCUACAUGCAUUCACAAAUGUAUACUCAGGUCAUUCAUGGUGAUAUCAAGCCUGCCAAUAUACUAUUAGAUGACCAAUUUAAUGCAAAAAUAUCUGACUUUGGAAUAUCAAGACUUGUCAACACAGACUCGGCCCUUUUCACUGAGCAUGUAAUAGGGAGCAUAGGUUACAUGGACCCAUUGUUUGCUCGCAGCGGGCGUCUCACCUCGAAGAGUGAUGUUUACAGUUUUGGAAUCGUUCUGGUUGAAUUGAUCACAAAGAAGAAGGCAACACUAAGAAAUGGGGAGACUGGCAUAGUUGAAUGUUUCGCCCAAGCUCUUGCAGCAGGGAAGAGGAGGGUGAGAGAGCUGUUUGAUGUUGAAAUCUCAAGCCAGAACAACAUGAAGGUUCUUGAAGGGGUUGCAAAGCUAGCAGGACAAUGUUUGAUGAUGGAAAUUGAUAGACGUCCUGACAUGAUAGAUGUGGCAGAACGUCUUCGGGCGCUUAGGAAAACUCAAGUUCAAGGUAAACAAACUAUUUUUCCUUGGGGGUGGAGGAACAAGCCAGCAGUGUGCCGCCAUUUCUCACUUGGGGAGAUGAAAUCUGCGACAAGUAACUUUGAUGAGUCGCACCUUGUUGGUCGGGAUGGAUAUGGUAGUGUUUACUAUGGAAUGAUUGAUGGGGGAGCAACGAAGGUGGCUAUCAAACCUGUUGAGCAGGAUGUGAGUGAGUUCCAGACGGAGAUAGCGAUGAUGGCAAAGCUCCGCCACCAUCAUCUCGUAUCAUUGGUCGGUUACUGCCAUGAGAAAAACCAGAGGAUACUGAUCUACGACUACAUGGUUCGUGGCGCCCUGAGUGGUAACCUUUACGCUAACAACACCAAGGAGCCACCGCUUACUUGGAGGCAGCGUCUAGACAUAUGCAUAGGUGCUGCUCGUGCCCUGCACUACCUUCACGAGUGUUCCAUCAUCCAUAAUGACGUGUCGACGACGAACAUUCUCCUAGAUGAUAGAUUAGUCGGCAAAUUUUCAAGUAAAGUCUCACGCCGGCGGGAUACCAUGGAUGUGACCCCCAUACUGCGUAAGGGAAAUUUCUAUUGUGCCGAUCCUGAAUUUCGCCGCACUGGGGAAUUCACAGAGAAAUCCAAUGUAUAUUCUUUUGGUGUCGUGCUGUUUGAGGUUUUGUGUGCUCGGGCUGCCUGGGAUCCCAGUCUUCCAAGGAGACAAGUAUACUUGGUACAAUGUGCCCUUAAUUGCCAGAAGAAGGAUAUCCUUGAUCUUAUUGUUGAUCCCUAUCUCGAAGAAAAGAUUGCCCCGUUGUGCUUCAAGAAGUUUGUGGAGAUUGCUGAGAAAUGUGUUAGUGAUCAUGCUAUCCACCGCCCUACAAUGCAAGAAGUGCUUGAGAACCUGGAGUUGUGUGCGUGCCUUGCAGAACAAAGUGGAAGCCUUGGUGAUGAGACACCAGACGACGUUGACACUGAUGGUCCUUCAAGGAGAGAAUGUCGGCUGAACCUUGAGAUGUACCUUGCAGAGGACGAUGAUUCCAGCUAUUGUAGUGAGAUUCCGACAUCUGAAGAUGAUGGCAUAGAUGGGGAUGAGCAAAUUGCUGAUAGUAUGGAUUCCAAAUUGUCAAUUGAUUCCAACUUGUGCCACCAUUUCUCACUUAGAGAGAUGAAAUCCGCGACAAGAAACUUUGAUGAGUCGCACCUUGUUUGUGUGGGUGGAUCUCGUGAUGUUUAUUAUGGAGUGAUUGAUGGGGCAGCAACCAAGGUGUCCAAGUUAGCUUCACGAGGCAAAGUUUGUGUGGGUGGAUCUCAUGAAGUUUACUAUGGAAUGAUGGUGGCUAUCAAACGUGACAAAGUUGUGCAGGAUGCGAGUAAGUUCUUGACAGAGAUAGCGACGAUGGCAAAGCUCCGCCACCAUCAUCUCGUAUCACUGGUUGGUUACUGCAAAGAGGAAAACGAGAUGAUACUGAUCGACGAGUACAUGGCUCGUGGCACCCUGUUUGGGAACCUUUACGGUAACAGCACCGAGCAGCCACCGCUUACUUGGAGGCAGCGUCUAGACAUCUGCAUCGGUGCUGCUCGUGCCCUGCACUACCUUCACGAGCAUUCCUUCACCCAUAAUGACGUGUCCACAGCGAGCAUUCUCCUAGAUUGGAGAUUGGUCGGCAAGGUUUCAAUUAAAGUCUCGCUGCCGCAGGAUGCCACGGAUGUGACCACGCGCCAGUGUCCUAUGGCACGUUUCAGUUUUCUUGAUUCCGAAACUUGCUGCACUUGGCAACUAACAGCAAAAUCCAAUGUAUAUUCUUUUGGUGUCGUGCUGUUUGAGGUUUUGUGUGCUCGGGCUGCUUAUGAUCCCAAUCUUCCAUGGAGACAAGCUAACUUGGUAGAGUAUGCCCUUAGUUGCCAGAAGAAGGGCAUUAUUGAUCUGAUUGUUGAUCCCUACCUUAAAGGAAAUAUUUCUCCAUGGUGCUUCAAGAAGUUUGUAGAGAUUGCUGAGAAAUGUGUUAGUGAUUGUGGUGUCAAUCACCCUACAAUGCAAGAAGUGCUUCAGGACCUGGAGAUGUGCCUUGCAGAACAAAACGGAAGCCCCGGUGAUGAGAUGCUGGCCGAUGAUGACAGUAAUGGUUCUCAAGGGAGCGAUCGAUGUUUGAAAAAUGAUGGCAUAGAUGGGGAUGAGCUAGUUGUUAACCCUGUCGAGUCCAAACAAAAAAAAAGCUAGUUGCUGAUAGCAUGAGCUCUGAAUCGCCAGUGGCUUGAUGAGCAGGCAAGAAGUGUUCUCAGGAGCAAUUUCCGUACUGUCAAUGCUCUCUCCGCUGACGGAUCAUGCCAGAGAAUUAUUCCGUACAUGUAUACUUACUGCAUAUUAUGCCCCUUCUUUUUCAGAAGAAGUAUUGUGUAUUCUGACUUUCUUUAUGCCUUUCAAGUUUUCAUUGUCUGGGUGGUGUAAAUUGUAAUGGAUUUCUCCUGUCGUUCUCCUGCACUGUUAUAUUCAUUCAGUCUUGCGCUUGGCUACAGUGCUGCCUCCUGAUUGUAAUAUACACUACUACCUGUAUAACUUUUUAUAAAACGUUUUUAGAGUA